GACCUGGAGUUCCAUGGAGUGAUGAGGUUUUAUUUUCAAGAUAAAGCGGCUGGGAACUUUGCAACAAAAUGUAUCCGGGUCUCGAGCACGGCCACCACGCAGGAUGUCAUCGAGACGCUGGCCGAGAAGUUCCGGCCGGACAUGCGCAUGCUGUCCUCUCCCAAGUACUCGCUCUACGAAGUGCACGUCAGCGGAGAAAGAAGAUUGGAUGUGGAAGAGAAGCCCCUGGUCGUGCAGCUGAAUUGGAAUAAAGACGACCGCGAGGGCAGGUUCGUCCUGAAGAACGAGAACGACGCCGCUCCUCCCAAGGCUCAGAGCAAUGGACCUGAAAAGCAGGAAAAGGAAGGCGUUAUCCAGAACUUCAAGCGGACUCUCUCCAAGAAAGAAAAGAAGGAGAAAAAGAAGCGAGAAAAAGAGGCCCUGAGACAGGCACCCGACAGAGAGGACGGGCCUUUCCGAGGGGAAGACGUUGAGAAUUCUCGCCUGGCUGCUGAGGUUUACAAAGACAUGCCCGAAACCAGCUUCACCCGCACCAUCUCGAACCCCGAGGUGGUCAUGAAGCGGCGGCGGCAGCAGAAGCUGGAGAAGAGGAUGCAGGAGUUCCGCAGCUCGGACGGGCGGCCUGACUCAGGUGGAACGUUGAGGAUUUAUGCAGAUAGUUUACGACCAAAUAUCCCCUACAAGACCAUCCUGCUGUCUACCACGGACCCUGCGGACUUCGCGGUGGCCGAGGCGUUGGAGAAGUAUGGCCUGGAGAAGGAGAACCCCAAGGACUACUGCAUUGCCCGGGUUAUGCUCCCGCCUGGCGCCCAGCAUUCUGAUGAUAAAGGUGCUAAGGAAAUGGUCCUGGACGAUGACGAGUGCCCCUUACAGAUCUUCCGGGAGUGGCCCAGCGACCGCGGGAUUUUAGUCUUCCAGUUGAAGAGGAGGCCCCCAGACUAUGUCCCCAGGAAAACCAAGAAGCACCAGGAGGGGCGGCCCGCGAAGGGCAAGGAGAGAGCCGACGGGGCGGGCUACGGCUCCAUGUUGCCGCCUGAGAAGCUGCCGUACCUCGUGGAGCUGAGCCCAGACGGAUCUGACUCCAGAGACAAGCCCAAGCUCUACCGCCUGCAGCUCAGUGUGACUGAGGUCGGGACAGACAAGUUUGACGACAGCUCUAUCCAGUUGUUCGGCUCAGGAAUUCAGCCCCAUCACUGUGACCUCACGAACAUGGACGGCGUGGUCACCGUCACGCCCAGAAGCAUGGACGCGGAGACCUACGUGGAGGGGCAGCGCAUCUCGGAGACGACCAUGCUGCAGAGCGGGAUGAGUGUGCAGUUCGGGGCCCAGCACGUGUUCAAGUUCGUGGACCCCAGCCAGGACCACGCUCUGGUGAAGAGGCCCGUGGACGGGGGCCUGCCCGCCAAGGGCCCCAGACACAAACCCGGAAUUGUUCAGGAGACAACUUUUGACUUGGGAGGCGAUAUUCACAGCGGAACAGCGUUGCCAACAAGCAAGAGCUCCACUCGACUGGACAGCGACAGGGUGUCGUCUGCCUGCAGCACAGCCGAGCGGGGGAUGGUGAAGCCGAUGGUCCGCGUGGAGCAGCAGCCCGAGUACCGCUGGCAGGAGAGCAGAACGCAGGAUGCUCCCGGGCCUGAGCUGGUGCUGCCUGCAAGCAUUGAGUUCAGGGAGAGCUCUGAAGAUUCAUUUUUAUCUGCUAUUAUAAAUUAUACGAAUAGCUCUACAGUCCACUUUAAGUUGUCUCCUACGUACGUGCUCUACAUGGCCUGCCGGUACGUAUUGUCGAGCCAGUACAGACCGGAAGUCAGUCCCCCCGAGCGCACCCACAAGGUGAUCGCCAUCGUCAACAAGAUGGUGAGCAUGAUGGACGGCGUGAUCCAGAAACAGAAGAACAUCGCAGGGGCGCUUGCUUUCUGGAUGGCCAACGCGUCCGAGCUCCUCAACUUCAUCAAGCAGGACCGAGACCUGAGCCGGAUCACCCUGGACGCCCAGGACGUGCUGGCGCACCUGGUGCAGAUGGCCUUUAAGUACCUGGUCCACUGUCUGCAGUCAGAACUGAAUAACUACAUGCCGGCCUUUCUGGACGACCCGGAGGAGAACAGUCUGCAAAGGCCCAAAAUAGACGACGUCCUGCACACGCUCUCGGGGGCCAUGGCGCUGCUGCGGCGCUGCCGGGCCAACGCCGCCCUCACCAUCCAGCUCUUCUCCCAGCUCUUCCACUUCAUCAACAUGUGGCUGUUCAACAGGCUGGUCACCGACCCCGAGUCGGGGCUGUGCUCGCACUACUGGGGCGCCAUCAUCCGCCAGCAGCUGGGCCACGUGGAGGCCUGGGCGGAGAAGCAGGGCCUGGAGCUGGCCGCCGACUGCCACCUCAGCAGAAUCGUGCAGGCCACCACCUUGCUGACAAUGGAUAAGUACGCGCCCGAAGACAUUCCCAACAUAAGCAGCACCUGCUUCAAGUUGAACUCACUGCAGCUGCAAGCCUUGCUGCAGAAUUACCACUGCGCACCCGACGAGCCCUUCAUCCCCACGGACCUGAUUGAGAACGUCGUGGCUGUGGCCGAGAACACGGCCGACGAGCUGGCGCGCAGCGACGGGCGGGAGGUGCAGCUGGAGGAGGACCCCGACCUGCAGCUGCCCUUCCUGCUGCCUGAGGACGGCUACUCGUGCGACGUCGUCAGGAACCUUCCCAGCGGCCUGCAGGAGUUCCUGGACCCCCUGUGCCAGCGGGGCUUCUGCAGGCUGGUCCCUCAUGCACGCUCCCCGGGCACCUGGACGAUCCACUUCGAGGGCGCUGACUAUGAGAGCCACCUUCUGCGCGAGAACACGGAACUGGCUCAGCCUCUGAGGAAGGAGCCCGAAAUCAUCACUGUGACCCUGAAAAAGCAAAAUGGAAUGGGCCUCAGCAUUGUCGCGGCAAAGGGUGCUGGUCAAGAUAAACUUGGGAUCUACGUCAAGUCCGUUGUGAAAGGAGGUGCUGCGGAUGUGGACGGGCGGCUGGCCGCGGGGGACCAGCUCCUCAGCGUGGACGGGCGGAGUCUGGUAGGACUCUCUCAAGAAAGGGCAGCAGAGCUCAUGACAAGGACAAGCUCCGUGGUGACACUGGAGGUGGCGAAGCAAGGAGCCAUCUAUCACGGCCUCGCUACCCUGCUCAACCAGCCGUCCCCCAUGAUGCAGAGGCUGUCAGAUCGCCGAGGCUCAGGAAAACCCCGACCAAAGAGCGAAGGCUUCGAGCUCUACAGCAAUUCCGCUCCUAACGGCUCUCCCGAGAGCCCUCCGCUGCCGUGGGCAGAGUACAGUGAGCCAAAGAAGCUGCCCGGCGACGACCGGCUGCUGAAGAACAGAGCCGACCACCGCUCCAGCCCCAACGUGGCAAAUCAGCCUCCGAGUCCUGGAGGGAAAGGCGCCUACGCCCCUGGAACAGCAGCGAAGAUAACGUCCGUCUCCACGGGAAACCUCUGCGCGGAGGAGCAGACGCCCCCGCCUCGGCCCGAGGCCUACCCCAUCCCCACGCAGACGUACACCAGGGAGUACUUCACCUUCCCCGCCUCCAAGUCCCAGGACCGGGCCGCUCCCCCACCUCCUCCUCCUCACAGCCAGUGGCCCCCUUAUGAGGAGGAGCCGCUCGUGCACACGGACGGCAGUCACCCCAGCCUCGCGGUGCAGCGUGUGGCCCGUUCCCAAGAGGAACUUCGGGAAGAUAAAGCUUAUCACCUGGAGCACCACCGAGUGGAGGCGGUGAUGGACCGCAAGUCUGACAGCGACCUGUGGAUGAACCAGGGCUCCUCGGUGGGCUCCAGCGCGUCCAGCCAGGAACACCUGGACCACGCGUCCAAGCCGGGCACGCCUGCAUCCACCCUGACCAAAAGCGGCCCUGGGCGCUGGAAGACCCCUGUCACUGGGCAGCCCGCGCCAGCAGCUGUCCCCCAGCCCGGCCGCACGGACCUGCCCCCACCGCCACCUCCACCUCCCAUGCACUAUGCCAGCGAAUUUGACGGGAUCCCGAUGGAUUUGCCUCUCCCACCGCCCCCUGCCAGCCAGCUGGGACCUCAAUCUGCACAGGUGGCCGCUGCAGAGCGGAAGAAGAGGGAGGAGCACCAGCGCUGGUACGAGAAGGAGAAGGCACGGCUGGAGGAGGAGCGGGAGCGGAAGCGCCGGGAGCAGGAGAGGAAGCUGGGCCAGAUGCGCACGCAGUCGCUGAACCCGGCUCCCUUCUCUCCUGUGACUGUGCAGCCGCUGAAGCCGGAGAAGCCGGCCACGCUGCAGAGGCCCCCAGAGACGGUCAUUCGGGAGCUGCAGCCCCAGCAGCAGCCCCGCACGAUCGAGCGCAGGGACUUGCAGUACAUCACCGUCAGCAAGGAGGAGCUGUCCUCCGGGGACAGCCUGUCCCCCGACCCCUGGAAGCGCGAUGCCAAGGAGAAGCUGGAGAAGCAGCAGCAGCUGCACAUCGUGGACAUGCUGAGCCGGGAGAUCCAGGAGCUGCAGGGCAAGGCCGAGCGCAGCGCCGAGGAGAGCGACCGCCUGCGCAAGCUCCUGCUCGAGUGGCAGUUCCAGAAGCGGCUGCAGGAGUCCAAGGAGAAGGACGAGGACGACGAGGAGGAGGAGGAGGACGUGGACACCAUGCUGCUCACGCAGCGGCUGGAGGCCGAGCGCAGAGCCCGGUUACAGGACGAGGAGCGCCGGCGGCAGCAGCAGCUGGAGGAGAUGCGGCUGCGGGAGGCCGAGGAGCGCGCCCGGCAAGAGGACCAGCGGCUGCGGCAGGAGGAGGAGCGGGGCAGGCGUGACGCUGAAGAAAAGAGGCGACAGGAAGAAGGGUAUUACAGCCGCCUGGAGGCCGAAAGGCGCCGACUGCACGACGAGGCAGAUCGCAGGCUGCUGGAGCCCGAGGAGCCAGGACCAAACUCUUUCACGGGAUCUUCUGGGACACUGGCCGGUGCUCAUGAUGCUCACUGGGACCCGAGAGAGAAGCUGUCUAAAAGCCACGAGGCAGGAGUCCCUGGGGGCGCGGGAGCCCCGGAGAACCUGACCUUCAGGGAGCGCCAGCGCCUCUUCUCCCAGGGGCAGGACGUGUCCAACAAAGUGAAAGCCUCCCGCAAACUCACGGAGCUGGAGAACGAGCUGAACACGAAGUGAAGGAAGGAGGAGGCGCGCCUCUGCUCCCCGCGCCCUCCCGCCGGUUCUGUGGGGCCCUGGUGCUUCCGGCUAGGCAGUGGCUGGGGUUCAGGAUGCUCAGCCCGGGAACUGCUGUUUACCAGCGAGGCCACGUGCGCAGGGAAACCCUGGGCUCCUGUGACCUCCCACUGGGGGCAGGUGAAGGGCAGGAGGUGCUGAGGCCCCCCGCUCCCCUUCUCCCGGGAGCACGGAGUCCUGUUCUCUGCUCAGAAGCCUGCUCCCGCUCAGAGAAUAGCUUGAACUACCCAGAGGGUGUUUGCACUACAGAGGGCAGCUGCGCUGUGGACAGUCCAGUCGGGCGGAUCUGCCUGGAGCACCGGCUGCGGAGGGGGCGGGUGGAGGUCCAGCCUCCCUCCUGCCCCGCCCGCUCCUCAGGUGCAAGCCCUCCUGACCCGCUUACCUAUUUGAUGGGAAAACUUUCUCAACAGAACAUUUUGAGGCUUUAAGCUUAGGAAAUUUUAUUUUUAUAAAUACCAGAUUAGUUCUAUUAAACCACUGGUGAUUUUGAAGGUGGCAGUUAGCGUUAGAACGUUAACUAUUUCAGAUGCCUGAGGGGAUCUGUGAGGAGCCAAGAGCUCAGUGUUGCGUGAAAAGGAGCCGGUGUUAGGAUGGUGUCAGGAUGUGAGUCCUGGCGAGGAGCAGCCGCUGCUCAGGGAUUUUACAUUCGGCCGAGAGCGACGCCCCAUGCUGCGGGGGGCAGGGGGGGCUCUGCCACCGGCCCCUCAUUUACAUCCUGAGAAUGACUUGUGUGGCAGUUCAAGCUAUUUUUGUACACUCUGGUAGGAUUAUUUAAUUUCCAUUUGUUGAAUUAUUAGUUACCACUGUCGUUUCUUCAGCUGUGACUGUGUGGCUGAUGUCGGGGAGGCGGACCUCACUUUGUUUUAUAUUGUGUGAUGUUAAAUGGUAAAUUACUUUGUGAUUAUGAUCAAAUUUUCUAUGGACAAAGCCCUGAGGUGGGGUUGGGAGGCUUUUCUGUGCCAUGUUGCUGUCUGACAAAUGUGUCUGUUAGAAACCCGCACACUUUCAUGGAGGGGGAGGGGCUUCCGGCCUGGGACCCACGGGUGAGACUGUAGGGUAAGCCUUUCCAGGGCGCGUGUCAAUCGUCCACGCGGCCAGGGCUCUGGUCAGGGGGAGGGCAGCGGAGGGGCCUGCGUGGCUGUGAAGGAUCGCACGGUGCAGGCGGCUGGAGAGCAGGCUCCUCCCAGGCACCUCGAGACACUGGCAGCCCCACAGGGCGAAGCUCACAUGUCCCCCAAGAGAUGCUGUGGACCAACUGCUGUUCUAUUAACAUAUGGAAAGGCCCGUGCCCACCAGCACGUGAGCGACAUGCGGACACUGCACAGGGCCCACCAGCACGUGAGCGACAUGCGGACACUGCACAGGGCCCACCAGCACGUGAGCGACAUGCGGACACUGCACAGGCCAAGGUGGUGGCCUGCCCUCCAGGCGGGUUUGGCCUUUCAUGACUGCACUACUGUGGACACAUCCAACUGCUGUAGCUUCCAUUCUACUGUAUUCCAGCCCAGCCUAUUUUUAAUAAACUUUGUAUGUAUUUAAGUGCA